GCGGGACUUCGCCUCCCUCCCGGGGUCCGCAUUUCUGCUCCAGCUUCAGCGGUUCCCCGCAGCACCCCGAUCCCCUCCCGAAGCUGGAUCAGCCGCCUUUCCGUCUAGGUGAGGACCAGUGUUUUAAUCAUUCUGUCCCAGAGGAUCUGAUUCCUGCUCUGCAGCUUUCUGAAGAACCGACGUUGAGCAUCAUUAGUGAAAUUCAGUGACUGCCUGACUACACAUCACAGUAAAGCUUUGGAAAUAUUUUUUAGUUAAAACAAUAAUGACUUUCAUGGAACACAAUCCCAGUAGAGCCUCUUUUCCCUGGAAGACUAUCCUGGAAGACUAUCUAGCCACCAGCAGCAAUUCUGCAGAGACUUUAUAAAAACUACUUUAACUGAACUUGAAUUUGGUGACUCUGGGUUGGCCAGGGGGAACCUUGGCAAUUGUACACAUCAUCUCACCCUCUGGAAGAUUCCACCAGUGCUACUCAGAGCUGCUGCAGAAAUAUCAUGUCUAAGAACUCAGAAUUGAUCAAUCUGUCUUUUUUAUUAGAUCAUGAGAAGGAAAUGAUCCUGGGAGUUUUAAAGAGAGAUGAAUAUUUGAAAAAAGUGGAAGACAAGAGAAUAAGGAAGCUGAAAAAUGAGCUCCUAGAGGCAAAACGUAGAAGUGGGAAGACUCAGCAAGAGACCAGUAGAGUCUGUGUUCACUGUCAGAGAAACCUGGGCCUCAUCUUUGACCGGGGAGACCCGUGCCAGGCCUGCUCACUGAGGGUGUGCAGUGAGUGUCGGGUUGUGGGCCUCAAUGGCAGCUGGAAGUGCACUGUCUGUGCCAAAGUCGCGCAGCUAAGGAUUAUAACUGGUGAAUGGUUCUUUGAAGAAAAGGCAAAGCGUUUCAAGCAAGUGAAUGUUCUGGGCACUGAUGUUGUCCGGCAGUCCAUCUUAAGAAGAAGUCCAGGAUCUGAAGACGUACGAAGCCAAGAGCAAACCCGCCAGGAUGUGGGGAAGUCAGACACUUUGCCUUCUGUUGGGCAGAAGGCCAGCCAUGAUGGGACCAAGAGAAAAGGAUUUCUUCUUAGUAAGUUCAGAUCAGCAACCAGAGGAGAAAUCAUAACUCCAAAAACUGAAAGUGGGCGGAGCUACAGCUUGGAUUUGGACAGCCAGAAUUUUCGGAGUUUAAAGUCAGCCCCUGGUUCAGACAGAGGAAGCAUCGGUUCAUCAGACCUCACUGACCACGAGGUUGGACCUGGGACCCCCAAGAGCAUCCGGAGCAAUGGUGUGACCCCAGUCACUCAGAGGUCACCGGCCCCAAGCAUCCACAGUGUGGCCUCAGUCAGCAGUAGAGAGCGUGGUUUUGAACAUUCCAUGGGUUUGGCUGCCCUUGAAAGCACCUCUGAGGAGCUUACAAAGAGUCAUCGCAGAAACACUUCAGGCACACCUUCCAUUGCAGUGUCUGGGACCUCCCUCUCCUCAGACCGAAGUCGAUCUGAGUUAGAUUUGAGUGAAUCAUUUACAGAAGACUUAGAAGAUACUGUAAGCAUAAGAAGCAGAUCUGUCCCUGGAACUUUAGACAAAGACUUGAACUCCUUGGAAGAGACUGGAGGCGUUGACUUAGCAUCCUCCCAGUUUUCUGCAAACACCCACAGUCUGGCAGGUGGCCUGUCAACCAAUGCUCAAGCGGGCUCUGACAGGAAGUGGACCUACCUAAAUGUGCCUGAUGCUGAUUCAGACACUACCAGCCUGAACAGCAUGAUGAGCGUUUACAGUGAAACAGGAGACUAUGGCAACGUGAAGGUCAGUGGCGAGAUCCUUCUGCACAUCAGCUACUGCUACAAAACUGGCGGGCUCUACAUUUUUGUCAAGAAUUGCAGAAAUCUGGCCAUAGGAGAUGAAAAGAAACAGAGGACAGAUGCUUAUGUCAAAUCAUACCUUCUUCCUGACAAGUCCAGAAACAAUAAGCGCAAGACCAAAAUCAGAACAGGCACCAAUCCAGAAUUCAAUGAAAUACUAAAGUAUACCAUCAGCCAUACCCAAUUGGAAACAAGAACUCUGCAGCUCUCAGUCUGGCACUAUGAUCGAUUUGGACAUAACAGCUUCCUCGGAGAGGUGGAGAUUCCUUUUGACUCAUGGAACUUUGAAAAUCCAUGUGAUGAAUGGUUUGUGCUUCAGCCUAAGGUGGAGUUUGCUGCUGAUAUUGGCCUUCAGUAUAAAGGAGAGCUAACAGUUGUUUUACGUUACAUUCCUCCAGAGGAGUACCUAAUGCUUCCACACGGACAGCUUCAAGUGACUGAUGCAGGAAAGAAGACCUUUAAAAAGGGAAAGAAAAAGGAAUCACCUGUAAUCUCUGGAGGAAUACUAGAAGUGUUCAUCAAAGAAGCAAAGAAUUUGACAGCAGUAAAAUCAGGAGGCACCUCUGACAGCUUUGUGAAGGGCUACCUGCUCCCUGAUGACAGCAAAGCCACAAAGCACAAAACUAUGGUCGUAAAAAAGAGUGUUAAUCCUCAGUGGAAUCAUACUUUCAUGUUCAGUGGCCUGCAUCCCCAGGAUAUAAAGAAUGUUUGCCUAGAACUUACCAUCUGGGACAAGGAGGCCUUUUCCAGCAACAUCUUUCUAGGAGGAGUUCGUUUGAAUUCUGGAAGUGGUGUGAGCCAUGGGAAGAACGUGGAUUGGAUGGACUCUCAAGGGGAAGAGCAACGCCUUUGGCAGAAGAUGACUGACAACCCUGGAACCCCUGUGGAGGGGGUACUCAUGCUCCGUUCCAGCAUGGGGAAGUGUAGGCUCUGAAGGAACCAGUUCUUCAAGAAUAACUGGGGACUGUCUGACUGCCAUUUCCUACCAGUAGUCCAAGUCUAGGACCUUGGACUCUGUUUCCCUGCCAUUUUUCAUCUGACGGUAUUGGGACAUGAGGGGAGAGAUGUCAGUGUUAUGGACACCCAGGAUCUUCCUGAGUGCCUAAAAAAAUCUAUGUACUUCUGUAUGUCCAUGGACCAGAGCCUCCCUGAUUGGAUAGCAGAAAGUAUACCACACUAUCCUGUCAACAAGGAAAUCGUGUAGUGUUUCAUAGGCUUAUACCAUAAUAGGAAUGGCACAAACUUAUUUGAAGCUAUUAGAGAUUAGGGGUCUCCAAUCUCUUUCUGAGUUAUUUUCUCAAACAGUUGAAGAAGAAAAGAAGCCUUCUAUCCCCAGCACCGAAAAAAAAAAAAAAAAAAAAAAAGAAACCACCAAGAAGGCAGAUGAUCACUUGAAGAGUAGAAAGUAGGCAUACUGGCCACCCUUUGCUCACCCUAGGAAUACCUGCAAUCCAAAGAAGGCAUGAUGGGGGAGAUGGUUUCCUGGAUAAGGGGCUGCUCCUUUUAUGGAAGCAAACCUAGAGAUUGAGCAGGUAAUGUUUCAGGAUGGAUUGGCAGAGCUUUCUUUGGUGACUAUGGAAUUCAUCAUUCAUCAACUAAAUCAGCCUACUUUUGAGAGAAGAGAGCUCAGUAAAUCACACCAGAACAGCAGUUGUAAACUAGAAUGGACGUGGGAAAAUGGGGAUGUAGAGUCACCCUAUUGACAAUCUAGCUAUUAGUUAUAAACAUUUAUUUUUUUAGAAAUGUUCUAAGCCAUUAACUAAAAAGGAAUAAGAAAAAAAGGGCAAUCAAUACAUCUUUUCACAUUUUGUUCAUUGAUGAGAUGAGUUUAAUGAAAAGGGAGGUAUUCUGCUGAUCUUUCAUUUGUCUCCUUUUUAGGGAGUGGGUACUGGGAAUUGAACCCUGGGGCCCUUAACCAUGGAGCCACAUCUCCAGCCCUUUUCUAUAUUUUAUUUAGAGACAGGGUCUCACUGAGUUGCUUAGGACCUCACUAAGCUGCUGAGGCUGGCUUUGAACUCGCAAUCCCCCUGCCUCAGCCUCCCGAGCCUCUGGGAUUACAGGCGUGCGCCACUGUGCCUGGCUCAUUUCUGUCCCUCUUCUGCACUGAUAUAGGAGUCAGGGACUCUUGUUUGUCCUCUCCCUUUUAUGUUUCCCUCCCCCAAGUUCUCAUUAUCUCCUUUUGUAGUUGUUAGCUAUAGCCAUAAAAAUGCUGAAUGACAAACCAUGCCAAAUGUCAAUGACUUAAAACAAUCUCUUUUUUCCUCAUGGUUAUGAAGCUUGGCUAAGGCAGCUCUGCUUCCUGCUACAGGCCUGACAGUCUAGGUCCACAGCUUGUGUCUCAUUCUCCUUGAACCAAAAGGAUAGCCAGAGCAUGGUGAUGGAUGAAACAGAGUGAGCCCCACUUCUCAAGUACAUUUAGAUCCCCUGUUUGUGUCAUGUCCCAAUGGUCAAGGAAAUCCAUAUGGCCAAGCCCAAAAAUCAAGAGGCAAGGAAAUAUAUUUUGCCCACAUUGAAGCCAUGACAAGAAUGAGGAUGCAGGAAGGUGUACAAAAUUGGGGCCAAUAGUUAAAUUCAUUAUAUCUUCUAUCACCUGGAAUUCCAGAUGCUUGAGUCACUAAACUUAAAUGCAAAGGUAGUUACAGGUAGAAGGGACCUCAGGCUUGGUUCUUCAGUUUGAGGAUCCUAAAUCUGAAGCCCAGUGAGCUGAGAUGACUUUCCCAAGGCUAUGGGGAGGCCAUGGCAGAAUUUGGACUUAAUCUGUCCCAUUGCUGUCCUUGGCAUGAUCCUAUGCUUAUUAAGGUGGAUAGAGGGCAUACAUCUAGGAAGGUACAUGAAAGUCUAUUACUUGAGCAUGAAAUGAAUGACCCAGGAAUGCUCUGGAGUCAUAGUCUGGCUCCUCAACUUUCUCACUUAAAUACAUAUAAAAUUCUUGAAAGUGUAGGAACUGAAUUUUAGUAGUAGGAGAACCAGAAUCAUGUUGAGGUUUCUUCUAGAAAGUUGUUCCAUAUUUUUAGAUUGCCUCUUGAACUUUGAAAAUUGAUUUAAGAAUAUAUGUAAUAUUAUUCUUAGCAAGGGAAUUAACAAUCCAUUUUCAAUAUUGUUCAAAAUAGGCCAUCUAAUUUUAGAAAACUAAAGUUAUUGGUCUAGUGUCACUUAGUAAGUAUGGUACUUUUAAAAACCACACUCACAUCCUCAUAUUGCUUUUCUUAAAAGCAGAAAACAAAAAGUAUAUGAUCAUCACUACUUCCCACACUGCAGAAAUAAAUUGUCUUCAGACUUGAUGUGACUCAUUCUGUCUUCAGUGACAUUUUUAGGGGAAUGGUGAUGAAGUCUAGAAAUAUCUUGAAGUAGAUACAACAAAGUAUAUUUAUUCACUAAUAAUAAAAGUGGCAAAAUAAUAAAUUCCCCAAGUUUAUAACUUAAAUUCAAGAAGAGCAUGAACUUUAUGCAUUCAGAUCUUUGCUGCAUUUUGAGCAAUUCUCUAUUAUGGUUUCAAAAAAUCCAACACCUAACUGGAUAUUUCUAUUAGACAAAACCCCAGAUAUGCAAAAGUCUGUCAGAAACCUGUUGGUGUUGCUCUUGGAAAUAAAAGACACUCUCUUUUACCAAGUAGAGGUAAAAUAUUAAUUCAAAAUAUAGGUAAUACUUGUGAGUGACACAGAUUCAAAUAGUUCAAAAUUGUGAUAGAAAUAUAUAUAUAUCAACAGCCUUGUUAUUUUUUAUAGCUAAAGGAUAUUACACUAUUGAAAUAUGUUGUAUUUAUUUAACCAGGCCUGUCAAAUGUCAUAUUAAAUAUGGAUAACUAAGUUAUCUAUGCUUAAUGACUUCUCUAAGCAAUCUUUGCUUUAAAAAUAAACACUCUGAAAUUCAAAAUGAGGUAUCUUUUCCAGAAAUUCCAUUUCUGGGUAUAUAUCCUAAAGAGAUAGGUGCAUAUGUGAGAAAUAAGUACAUAUAAGGGCAUUUAUUGCAAGAAAUUGGAAACAACCCAAAAGCCAUAAGUCAUAAACGCCUGUUACAGAGGCUGUCUUGCAAGCCCAGUCCAAUGAAAUGACCUGCUAUGACUUUAAGAUAAAUUUUACCUAGCAACUGCCAUUGCUCAUGAAUCAGAGCUUGCCAGCUCCCCAAGUCAUUAUCAGCACCUAUGAACUUGCUUCCAAAACAACCUGUGUAAUCCCCUCUUUCCAAUAAAACCCUAAUCUUUAACUUAAUUCUCUGGACAUACCAGAGAUUGCU